GGAGUGUUAAUUGCGUCCUCGGAUCACAGCUCUGAAUUUCUCUACACAGGCGCCCUGCGCUGCCCGGGUUGCUCGGCUCAGCCCUCAUAGGCUGUUUGUCGGUCGGGGCUGGGGGUAGUCUAUCUCGGAAAUAAUCUGCCCACGCGUGUAAGCGGCUUUAUCCCCGCCGAGCCUCAGACCGCUGCAGCUCCGGCUCCACACUCAGCGCCAGAAAGAAAAAGUGACACAGGUCACACUGACCAGUUGGAGGUUGCGCACGGCUUGUGCCACACAUGAACGGACUCUGGUGCUGAAGCUGAGUCUAUUUCUUCACUUUAAAAAACAAACAAACAAUUAUUAUUCCAAGAGCUAAGAGGAGUUACAGAAACUUACUCUAGGGAUUUAAACACAGAGAGAAACUGGCAACGGUGUUCAGGACAUGGAACAGGCUGGACUUUGGAUAUUCUUUGUGACUACUUGUGUUAUUUCAGAGGUAAACGGUCAGAGAGUGGAAAUGGAUGAUGGGAAGUCUGGAUAUGUCGGCUCGAAGGUGGACCUUCGCUGCCGGUUCAUCAACAGUAACCCACCUGUUAAAAUCUCCCAGGUAACGUGGCAGAAACUGGCGAACGGCUCCAAGCAGAAUGUGGCGAUAGCAAAUCCAUCGCUGGGUGUGUCUGUGGCCCCUCCUUACAGGGACCGCGUUACCUUCAAGAACGCGGCAGUCAGACGGCGAACUCCGACGUUGGAGGACACGACCAUCGUCUUUUCUUCGCUCCGCCUUUCUGAUGAGGCUACUUACAUCUGUGAAUACACGACGUUCCCUGCAGGGAACCGAGAGAACACCGUAAACCUCACCGUCUACGUUCGCCCAACAACCCAGAUGAGUUUGUCCACGCCCACACUCGUGGCUCGUUCAUCAAAUCUAAAAACUCCAGUGGCCACCUGCAUCUCCGCCAAUGGAAAGCCACCUGGAACAAUUAGGUGGGAGACAAGGGUGCCUGGAGAAGUGACCACCCGAGAGUACAUCAACUCAGACGGGACGUUCACCGUUCAGAGCGACUACAUUUUAGUCCCCAGCAGGGAAACCCACCGGGAGACACUGACCUGCGUCACCACUUACAAUGAGGAGGUCUACACAGACAGUGUCACUCUUGAUAUCCAGUAUGAGCCCAAUGUGAUGAUUGAUGGUUUUGAUGGGAACUGGUAUCUGAACAGAGAGAACGUCCAGUUGAGCUGCCAAGCCGACGCCAAUCCGGUCGUCUCUUUGUACCAGUGGAGGCUGGUUAACAACUCCAUUCCGAGCAAUGUCGAAAUCCGAGACAACGUCCUCCUGUUUAAAGGCCCCAUCACAUACGAGGUCCAAGGGACAUACGUGUGUGACGCGACCAACAGCAUCGGGACCAGCUCUGCCUUUGUCGAGGUCAGCGUUUUGGAAAAGCCUCUGCCCCAGAUUGCAACAGGAGACGUCAUCAGUGUGAUCGCCUUAUUACUGGCUGCUGGCGUCCUGAUGGGCAUUACUAUCACAGUCCUGGUGCUCAAAAUAAGAACUAGAAAAGACAGCUCCUCAGGUGACUCACCAUCCAGAAAACUGUCUCAACCCAUCAGAAAAAGACCGGAUGAUAUUCAGCAUGCUGGACGCUUUUAUGAGGAACUUCCAAACACAGCUGACUACGUGAGCUACAGACUCGCCUGUAACAAGGAGGAUUAUCCAGAACCCUACUCCCCACCGAUCAACCCUCCUCUUUCAUUUCUACCCCAGCAGCCCUACCACCCUUCACAAACGAUGCCUGUUUUGGGCACCAGCAGUGCCAGCACCCCGUCAAAAAACACUUUUGCUCCACCGACGCACACCACAGCCGUCUUUAAAUACCCCUCUGUGCCGGGUUUGUCAUCUCCUCCGCCUGGAGUGGGGCCAUAUACUUUCCCCAAAGAGCAGUACGUCUGAAGCGGCAUCUUUAGGAAAGGUUUGGUGAACCUUAUUUGAAGCUAGAUGGACUAUCAGGCAGCAGAUCUGCACUGUGGACAUCUGAGGACAUUGAACUUGUUGCUGGACUUCACUCUUGCUAUGUCUUUCUUUGUCUUAAUUUAAUGUUCAAAGGGAAUCUUGUGCUCCGUAUUCAACGUUUAGGCUAGAGAACGCCUGUUUGAAAGAACAAUGUUAAAAAAAAAAUAAUCAAGAUGAAAGGAUUACCUUGAUGUUGUUUACUCUCCUUGCUUUAUCCGCAUCAAUAUGGUUUUUAUAAAAAAGAAAGAAAAAGAAAAACAUUUAUCAUCAAUUUACAUCAAUUCCUGUGUUUUCUGGUGACGCACUGUUUUCCUGUUGUACUUAGUUACAAUCCUUUUAUGUAAGGUUUUGGCAUUGUCUCAUGGUCUACCGUACUUCUGUGCUUGUAUUUUGUAUCUUUUACGGUUUGUUCUUUGUAAUGAAGAGAAAAAAAAUCUUUAUAUUCCAAGGGAGUUUAUGAAAGUGAUGGUCUAUUGUUAAUACCUGGUGUUGUUGGAUGAAUGUUGAAAAUUUUAGCAAAUAAAUAAAAAUGAUCACAUGAACAAU